UCUUGCAUGGGGGGAUGGGAAGCGGAGUGUAUUGUUAAGUCUCAAUAAGAACUGACUCACUUCUCCGUGCCCAAGGAAUCCCGGAGACUUGCCGUGCUCGCUGCUCAUCCUUCCUGCACAUUUUCUUUUUUCUGAUACUAUUUGAUAGAAAUUGGCCGGUUCCUCCAUUCCUGCUCUCAGUUGCACUGGGAAAGCAACUUUUCAUGUGGGAUGUGAAUCCUGCGCUGCGACUGCUGGAAUUGUGCGAUCCCACAACUUUUCCCUCUUGCUGGAAUUCUCUCAAGGUGUCUUCAAAGCUGCACAUUUCUCUCUUUCCUUCCCAGAGGGACACAUGCUUCAAAUUACUGCUGCUUUUAACUAAAAAGACUUUAUUUUUUAAAGUUUUUCUUUUUUUAUUUUAGCUCUUUUCUCUACAAACAGUGGAUUCCUGGGAGAAAUUUUAAUUCACUAAAGUUACUGAAGACAAUUUUUUUUUUAAUUUAAAGAUCACCCCCCCCCCCCAACUUUUUUAUUAUUUUAGUUAUUUUUUUAAUUUUAUUUUUCCUACUAAUAUAAGGAAUAUACGUUGGACGAGUGGAGAUAAGAAGAAAUUGGAAAAACAUUUGGGAACAGGAGCUGUGCGAGGCUUGUCUCGUGCCCGACACUGGAGGUCUCAUGGAUUCCGCCUGUGUGCACUAGCCAACUUGGGAUGUUCUCCGGAAGGUCCCUCCUCCUGUGGGGUGUCCUGCUCGGCGCUGCUCUAUCAGUUGCCCGGCCCCCUUCCACCCUCCCCGACCAAGUCGCCCCUAAAACCAAAACAGACGUGGAGCCAUAUUCAGCUCGGCCAGGAGACAGGAUAACUUUGCAGUGCAGGCUACGAGAAGAUGUUCAGAGCAUCAACUGGGCGAAAAAUGAAAUGCAGCUUUCGGAGACUAACCGCACGCGCAUAACGGGGGAGGAGAUCCAAAUUUCCAACGCAGGGCCGGAGGACAAUGGGGUGUAUACCUGUGUUACUAACGGGCCUUCUGGAACAUAUACAGUUUUAUUCUCCGUUAAUGUAUCAGAUGCACUGCCUUCAGCCGAGGAUGAUGAUGACGAUGAUGACAACUCAUCCUCUGAGGAGAAAGCUUCUGAGAAUUCCAAACCGAACCGUCCAUUUUGGUCACACCCAGAAAAAAUGGAGAAAAAGCUUCAUGCGGUGCCAGCGGCAAAAACGGUGAAAUUCAGGUGCCCAGCAAAUGGAACUCCGCAGCCAAAUCUUCGCUGGCUGAAGAACGGCAAGGAGUUCCGGCAGGAUCAGCGCAUUGGUGGAUAUAAGGUUCGUUCUCAAACAUGGAGCCUUAUUAUGGAUUCCGUUGUCCCAUCUGAUAAAGGCAAUUACACUUGUAUUGUGGAGAACAAGUAUGGCACCCUCAACCACACCUACCAGUUGGAUGUAGUCGAACGUUCGCCACAUCGCCCAAUCCUACAGGCCGGUCUCCCAGCGAAUACGAGUGUUAUUGUGGGAAGCACUGCUGAAUUUUUCUGCAAAGUGUACAGCGACCCCCAGCCUCACAUCCAAUGGCUCAGGCACAUUGAAAUUAAUGGCAGCAGAGUGGCCUCGGAUGGCUUCCCGUAUGUGGAAAUCCUCAAGCACUCUGGGAUUAAUAGCUCAGACGCAGAAGUUUUGACCCUUUACAAUGUGACUGAGGCAGAGAGUGGGGAAUACAUAUGUAAAGUGUCCAAUUAUAUUGGUGAGGCCAAUCAGUCUGCGUGGCUUACCGUCACCAGACCCGUGACAAAAGUGGAGGACGAUAAACCUGCGCCUCUGGCCUCCCCUUUACAACUGGAGAUUAUAAUCUACUGCACGGGGGCCGCCUUCGUGUCCGCCAUGGUAAUCACCAUCAUUAUCUUUAAAAUGAAGCAUCCGUCGAAGAAGUCGGACUUCAACAGCCAGCUGGCCGUGCACAAGCUUGCCAAGAGCAUCCCGCUGCGCAGACAGGUAACAGUUUCAGGGGACUCCAACUCAUCAAUGCACUCUGGAGUGAUAUUGGUCAGACCCUCACGCCUCUCAUCCAGUGGGACGCCUAUGUUGUCUGGAGUCUCGGAAUACGAGCUUCCGGAAGAUCCACGUUGGGAAGUGGCAAGAGACAGGUUGAUCCUUGGGAAACCUCUCGGAGAAGGCUGCUUUGGGCAAGUAGUAAUGGCAGAGGCUAUCGGCCUGGAUAAGGAGAAGCCUAACAAAGUGACAAAAGUUGCCGUGAAGAUGUUAAAGUCUGAUGCAAGUGAAAAGGACCUGUCUGAUCUGAUUUCCGAGAUGGAAAUGAUGAAAAUGAUUGGAAAACACAAAAAUAUCAUCAAUUUACUUGGUGCCUGCACCCAAGAUGGUCCACUCUAUGUAAUUGUGGAAUAUGCUUCCAAGGGGAACCUUAGAGAGUACUUGCGAGCCAGGCGCCCCCCGGGCAUGGAGUACUGCUACAACCCUACCUGUGCCCCCGAUCAGCUGCUCUCCUUCAAGGAUCUGGUGUCGUGUGCUUACCAGGUGGCGCGUGGGAUGGAGUACCUUGCCUCUAAAAAGUGUAUCCACCGAGACCUGGCUGCAAGGAAUGUCUUGGUAACAGAGGACAAUGUGAUGAAGAUUGCCGACUUCGGCUUAGCCCGUGAUAUCCAUCACAUUGACUAUUACAAGAAGACCACAAACGGACGGCUGCCUGUAAAAUGGAUGGCCCCAGAAGCCCUUUUUGACCGGAUUUACACUCAUCAGAGUGAUGUCUGGUCGUUCGGUGUGCUGCUGUGGGAGAUUUUCACGCUCGGGGGCUCCCCGUAUCCUGGUGUCCCCAUGGAAGAGCUCUUUAAGUUACUUAAGGAAGGGCACAGAAUGGAUAAACCCACUACCUGCACCAAUGAGUUGUAUAUGAUGAUGAAGGACUGCUGGCAUGCCAUGCCUUCUCAAAGACCAACAUUCAAUCAGCUGGUUGAAGAUCUUGACCGAAUUCUUGCUCUGAGUUCCAAUCAGGAGUAUCUCGAUCUUUCCAUGCCAGUGAAUCAGUAUUCUCCAUGUUUCCCAGACACUCGAAGUUCCACGUGUUCUUCAGGCGAGGACUCUGUGUUCUCUCAUGACCCCCUCCCUGAUGAACCUUGCCUUCCCAAAUACUCCAAUGGUGGACUUAAAAAACGCUGACCUUGGAGGUUCAGUGGGGGGGGUUCCUCUCCAUAUAUUCCAAUGAAAGAACAUUUGUUUCGAGCAUUCCAGAAAUGCCACGAGUUCCUCAGAAGCACGGUACAAUUCCACUCCUACAUCUUCAGCCUUAUUCCUUACCACAUGCCUUUUGUAGGAGGUACUUUUUUUUUUCUCCGGUUGCGAAUGGAACCAACCAAUCUUCCUAUUGUUCACCUCCAGCCAGUGCACUUUCUAAACUGCAACAAGUGUCAAGAAGUUCUGCAUCGCGCAACGUUGGCAACGUCAUGGGAACUUAAGCAGAAACGAUGCCAACUCUUUUGAUAUUCCUCAAUUUUAUGAGAUUUUAUUUUCCUGACCUCAUCUUAAUAUCAACACCUGACCUGUGUCUUAAACCUCCUCAAACACUCCAGACUACCUUUAAAGACACUUUGUCCGCUUUUAUUUUGGCUUUGCCUGCACUGUCUGAGCUUAGGUGGUCAUACCGUCUUUUGGUGGAAAAUAUUCACGGACAACACCUCUUUCCUUCCAACUCGUCGUAGCUAGAUUAGGCUUUCUGCUUGCUCCGAAGAAGCCUAUAGCUCUUCAUUUUCCAGUGCAAGAGGUGCUGAUGCUUGAACGGAAUCAUGAAGGGAGACCUCAUUAUAAGCUACAUGACAUCUCGGCUUCCUGAAUGUCUAUUAGGUACGAGGUGGAUUCACAGAAGUCUUAAUUAAGCGAGAACCUUAACGGACUGUGCUCGUUGUGCAAACUGUUUUUAUUCAGGAAUUUUGAUGGUCAGCUAACGGUACGAUCAAUAUGACUGCUGACCUGCAAUGUGUUUACUAGAAGUUUGACUGAAGGCCUGUGUUUCGCUGAAAGCCCCAUAUAAAGUCCCUGGAACUAGAGGCUUUAUCUCACUCCUAAGGUCCGGUUGUCCAGAAAACACGACAUAUAGUCAGAUUUUUAUCCUAAAAAAAAAAAAAUGGGGGCGGGCGGGGGAAUCCAAUAAUGCUUUCCUUUUGUAUAUAGCUAGAAAAUGUAUAAAUAUGAAUUAUAUAUUUACAUGUCUUUUUAAGAAAAAAAAAGUUACAAAAUAUAUACCAGGUCAGUAGUAAAAGUGGCUGGUAGUUGUCAGUUGCUAUAAAAAAAAAAAUAUCCUAUAUUUUGCUAUGUUUUCAGUUUGUAUUUUUUUAAAUUAUGUUCUAAAAACUUUCUUAUUCCCAGUACAGGUCCCUAAAUAAAGAGAAUUGGCUUCAGUUGA